AUGGAAGCUGAUACCACGGUCGCCCCGCGCCUCCCAAUUGCUCCCGCGCCACCUAGGGCACUCUCCGUCCACGUGCCAAAUGGCUCUGAGACAGACCUGACCACAAUGCGCUUCAACUGCCAAGCUUGCGUGCGCAAAAAGAUCAAAUGCGAUAAGGCUGUGCCGACAUGCUCGAGCUGCAGGAAAGCAAAGCUCCAGUGCGUCUACCAGGCUCCCCUACCGCGGAAGAGGAAGCGAAGCCAGGUCGAAGACGUGUAUGAGCGUCUAGCACGGUACGAGCGCAUCUUAAAGGACAACAAUCUUCUCCCUACGGCCUCUGCACCGACCCCAUGCGGCAAGGAGACGGAGGCAUCGGUGCUCAGCACACGGGACCCAACCCCAGUGCCGGACACGCAACCCGUGAGGUCUGGUAAACUUCUUUCCGCCGAUGGCAAGUCUCGCUAUAUUGACAGUGUUCUCCUACUUGAUGCUGGAGAAGGCGACCCGUGUGAAUUAUCCGAUUCCGACCAAGAUGACUACCACAACGACGACACCGGAGCUGAUGAGAGCACCCCGACUGGUCUCCUUGGCGUCCUCGCAGCACAUACAGUCUCUGGGGCUAUACUUGCAAGCACUCGGAGCCUCACCGAGCAACACCCCAGCUAUCAGGAGGCUAUAAAGCUCUGGAAUGCGUACAUGCAAAAUGUCGAGCCUCUCUGCAAGGUUCUUCAUGUUCCGACUGUCGCAAAAAUGGUCGACACUGUCUCCAAGCAGCCCGCUGCGGCCUCAAAGAGUGACGAAUGCCUGCUUUUUGUCAUCUACUAUUUCGCCGUGUUCUCCAUGUCGAACACCGACUGUCUGCGAGAGUUCAACCAGUCGAGGAAUCAUUUGAUGUCGAGAUACCGGACCGCUAUUUACCAGGCACUUGUCAAUGCGUCGUGGCUGAAGACUACAGCAAUGCCUGUACUACAGGCUUACACACUCUUCCUCGUUGCCAUGCGCACGCAAAUCGAUCCUCAUACGUUUUGGAUUCUGACGGGCAUUGCGAUCCGCCUCGCACAACGCAUGGGGCUCCACCGUGACGGUGAAAAACUCGGCUUGCCACCAUUUGAGGUUCAAAUGCGACGGCGGCUCUUUUGGCAACUGCUUCCACUGGACGCCUAUGCAGGCCAAGUGUCCGGCACGGGUAUUUGCCUAUCGCCAAAUAGCUGGGAUACCAAGGAACCGCUGAACAUUAACGACGACCAGAUCUUCCCUGGUAUGACGCAGCAGCCUCAAGAGCAAAGGGGCGCUUCGGAAAUGAUCUUCUGCUUGUCUCGGAUGGAACUGUCCAAUUUCUAUACCCGAACCGGUGUGAAAAUGAAGGAAAUCGGUGGUACGGUUCAAUUCCGGGAUGCAGAGGACAUUGAGAGGCUCAUCGACGAGGUCGAGGAUGUCAUUGAGACAAGGUUCCUUCGAUACUGCGAUAUCCUGAACCCCUUGCAUUUUUUCACCAUUGGAAUCGUACGAUCUGCCACCAACGCCGUCCGACUGCGUGCUCGAAUGCCUCUGCUGACGAAGCAGACCAUUACCGACGCGCAAAGGAGAGACCUCUGCACUCUCGCAGAAAGGAUUCUUGAUACAAACAGCACCAUCUACGGCAACCCAAGCAUGAAGAAGUUCCUGUGGCACAUGCAAGCUUUCUUCUUGUGGGAUGCCCUUCUCUGUCUCCUGCUUAACCUCGCAGAAGUCGGAUUCUACUCGCCGUCGGAGCUAAACACUACCUGGGACAAGGUUGCAGAAGUCUAUUCGAAUCACGAAGAACUUGUCAAGCGCAGAAGAGCCCUGCACGUCACCACUGGCCGGAUCACUCUCAAGGCCUGGCUUGCGAAUCCCCCGAGUAAUUCGUCCCCAGAGCCGGCGUUCAUAACCGCGUUGCGCGCACAACGCGAAUUGAAGGGCAACAGGCAGCAGCAGAGCGUUGACGAAACGGGGGGAACUGACAAGGUUGGGGACGGUGUGUUUGUUUUGGAUGAGCUUUCUGACAACAUUGAUGGAACAGGCUUGAAUCUUGAUAGCGGCUUCACUCUCGACCCUUCAGAUUGGGUGCUUUGGGAUCAGCUGUGCCGAGAGAGCAGUCUGGGCUGA